AUGUUCAUCCGAGAGAUGUACGGCUUAAUUAACCUGUUGAAUUAUAUCGUUUGUGAUAUUGAUCAUGAAGACAAAGUAACAAUUGGAUAUUUGGGCACUAUUGAAAUAAUAAUGUAUUUGACACAAACACGUUUAGAAACGGAAAUUGCCUACGAUUUACUCGAACCACCUUGGACAGUGUUGUGGAAUAUAACAUAUGAAACAGCUGAGAAUUGUCGAAAAUUUAUUGAAGAUAAUAAUGGUCUGCAAGCAUUUACGGGUAAAGUGAUAUUAACUAAAAUUAUACAAAACGAAUAA